UACGGCUCUCAGUGAAACAUGACAGCCCGGAAACCAACACCGCCAAAAAACUGACAGAAAACUUGAGUAUUUAUUCAGUUGACACUUGCUGGUAGUUUUAAAAGGGGCCCUUCAACAUUCCUCUACGAUGACCAGACACCUAGCACUCUUGCAUGUCAUUCUUUACAUCGUUUACGGUCUUCCAAGCACACGAGGUCGCCAGGUGGAGGACACGUCAGACCAGCACCAGAUCACAUGGGGUCGACCGAACUCCAACAUGGCUUACUUUGCAGACACCACAUUGGUCAACAUAACGGCUGUGGUUGGGCAGCAAACGAGGCUUCCUUGCAGGGUCCUCAACCUGGAUAAGAGAGAUGUAUCCUGGAUAAGACAGCGUGAUCUACACAUCCUGACAGUGGGAAUCCUUACCUAUACUAGCGAUGACAGGUUUCAGGUUUACCACCCGGAGAACAGCGAAGAGUGGCACUUGGACAUCAACCCAGUCACCUUCAGAGACUCAGGGAUCUACGAGUGCCAAGUGUCAACGAGUCCAAAGAUCUUCCUACCUGUCCGAUUAAAUGUGGAGGUUCAGCAAGCGAAGAUCCAAGGCCCGAAGGAGAUAUACAUCCAGAACGGAUCGACCAUUAAACUGACCUGUAUCGUCAGCACGCACUCAGAGAAUUCCGGGACGGUGGUUUGGUACCGCGACACCACGGAGCUGGACUACGAUUCUCCGAGGGGCGGCGUAAGCGUGGAGAUCGAGAAGACGCCUUCCAAGACCACUUCCAAGCUCUUCCUGACGAGGGCGGUGAAGGGGGACUCGGGAAACUACACGUGCGCGCCGGAGUUUGCUGAGGCAGCUUAUAUCCUCGUCCACGUGGUCAAUGGCGAGGAGUCGGCGGCGGUGCACACGGCGGGCAGCUGCAGCGUCAGGAGUGAGAUGCAGGUCCUCGUCGUGGUCCUCCUGGUGCUUCUGCUGAGUCAGGCAGCUCGGUGACCCACUCGUCUGUGU